AUGGACUCUUCAGAUCUAGAAGACUUAUGUUCUCACAUCAAUGGAAAAAUUUCGAAUAUAAAAAAAACUCUCCAGUUGAGGAACAUUGGGCAGGAGCCAUCCUUGAAGACAGUGCUGAGUAAAAUAGGAUAUGAAAUGUCUCUUCUAAAUGAAUUUUUAAAUAAAUUGGAGCUGGAAGUUCAACGCCAAGAACAUCUGAGGAAUUCCCUGAAGGAGCUCCAAGAAUCUAUUGAAGGAGACUAUAAAGAAGUAGAGCACCUCAAGGAAAAUGUUCCUCCUCAUCUUCCCCAAGUAAAUCCAGCCUGCAGUGCAGGACCCAUGGUGAAAACUGAAGAACAAGACCAAGUUGCAGAACCUGGGCAAACAAAGAAAUCGUUAAAACAGCCAAAAAUGAUUAAAGAAGCCUUAUUAAUAACUGCAGCUGAAUUCAAUACUGUUCCUGCGUAUAUGAAAUCUCGUUUGACAUACUGUCAAAUUAAUGAUGUUGUUCAAGAAAUCAACAGGGCAGUGACUAGUAAAUAUAAGAUUCUCCAACAACCAAAAAAAUCUAUGAGCUCUGCAGUCAGAAAUCUCUAUCACAGAUUCCUUGAAGAAGAAACCAAGGAUACUAAAGGUCAGUUCUUUAUAGUGGAGGCCGAUAUAAAGGAGUUCACUAAUCUGAAGCUCGACAAGCGGUUCCACGUGAUACUGAACAUUUUGCGUCACUGUAGGCGAUUGUCAGAAGUGCGAGGUGCAGGACUUGUCCGUUACGUUAUCACCUAACGUGUCCCCGUGAUUUUCCUCAUCAUCUUUGACCAUAAUGUUUAUAUUGGCAUUUUCCCUACUUUUUUACUUUAAAAUAAAAGAAAUACUUGCUGGAAUACCUUUUAAUUUAAAAAUAGUUGAGGAAUUUAAACUUUGAUUUUACUUAGU